GAAGUGGGCGGGGCAAGCCUGGGUCUUGAGUUGAACGUCAUGAAUAUGCAUACCGUACGAGAAUCGGCCGCGUCUCCGCCUGGCCCUACCUCGCGGAGCCCGGUAAGGAGCUUUCAAGGCAGGCCCCAGGGGUGUGCGUGCUUGCCUGCCUGCCUGCGUGCACGAAGAGCGGUAGGCACUGCUUCCCAAACGGAACUGGCACAUAUGCUGAGUUCAGAGUCUCUGCCUGGUGAUGUGAUGGAUCCUAAGUCCUACUCGUUUCCCUGUUCUGCUGCCAAUGGCCGCAGGGAACCCAAACAGCCAUCUAGCAGCCCUGAGAGAGGGGAUGCCCGUCCAAAGCCACCUGUGAAACCCAAACCUUGUGUGUUGCCAAAACCAGCUGUGCCAGUGAAACCUGUUCCUGGACUGCGUCAGACUCUCUCUGAGGUGCCGUCUGCUGAAAAGAUCAAUUUAUUGGCUGGGCCAAAACCAUACAGCAGUGGGGCUGGCAGUUCUGUUAAACGCCUGUCUUUUAGCCUGAAGUCCCCUCCAAAAGAGGCAACCAAUGGGAAGGAGGUUUUGUCUCCAUUUUCCACUAUGGUUAAGCCAUGUGGAGAACAUGGAGAAGCUGCUGGGCCUGCAAGGGAACCCGCUGCCAUGGAGGGAACUUCUGGCAGAGAAUGUGGAGAAUCUUGCACUGUACGCAAGAGUACUGCUCCCUUCAAAGUAAAACCAGUGCUAGUAGCAGCCAAGCCAGAGCGUUUUCCUGGCACCACGGUGGAGGAGAUCUUAGCCAAGAUAGAGAAGCCCAACAAGGAGGGGCCGAACAGCCCUGAAAGGCCUCGGCUGGUGCGUUCUUUCUUCAGCCAGGAUGGUGGCACAGCUGUUCAUCUGGGGCCAAAGGGUUAUACCACAUUCCAGAGAAAUGCCAGUGAAGGAGAACAGGGAGGAGCUGAAUCAGAGGAUCCUGUCUACAAAGUCUCUUGUGAAGUUGAAGAGAGCAGAUUGUCAAGGAAUAAGGAGGAAACCACAAAUUCAAAUGGUCAACAUGUGCCUGAACCUGAGCAACCAGCAAGAGCAACAGAGAGAAACUUAGACUUCCUUUCUAGGGACAGCUCCAGUCGACCUAGUAUGAGCUGCGAUGGAGGCCAACUUGGAAAUAGCAGUCCAUCAUCUCCUCCUGGUACCUAUCAACCCCUCUCUGAGUUCUCAUCUGGAUUCACACCUGGGUCUCCAAGUGCCGCUGCUGAAGCAGCCCAAGCCCCAGGUUCCCCAUAUAUUCCAGCAGCUAUCUCGAGCAUUAAAGCUCAGUUUCCACCAGGAUCCCCUGAUGCACCUCUUGAACCUCUCAGAUCUCCUGUCUGCAGCUCUCUUAGUGUUACCCAGUCUCCAGGUUCUCCUCCAGCCCUUCCAGAUCCCGUGCCUCCAGAAUGCCCCAGCAUUUCAAUUAAAACCUUGACAGGGCACCCCAUAAUUUCAGGUAUUUCAGACCUCACUAGAAGAGACCCUGAUGUCUCUCUUCUCCCUAGACAGUCUGCCAGUUUCACCCAUGCUCAUGGUGACCAUGGCCCAGCUCCCCAACAGAAUUUGCUUCAAAUGUCUGAGUCCCCUGGUUCCCCAAGUACUUCUGAGUACCAUGUAGGUUCUGAUCAGCCCCCUGGCUCCCCCACCAAUAAACAAGUCCCCUCUGUACUCUCUGGGGACCAUGAGCUCCUCAGGAAUCAAGUGCAGAUGCCCUUUCUUAAUGAAGACCCCCAACUCUCUAAGCUGGGCCUCCGGCGUGCCUCAGAGGGAGUGGUGCAGCCACAGCAUAAAAACACAGUCAGGGAAGAGUUGGGAGGAUCCUUGGCAGUUUUGCCAAGUGGAGGGGGCCAUCCAUUUUCGUCAGGGGGAGAGUCCAACUGGAGCCUGUCCCAGUCCUUUGAGUGGUCCUUCUCUAACCAGCCUGUUGAGCUGGGUGAGAGGAGACUGGGAUCUCCUCCCCAGUCUCCCAUUCAGGAGGCUGAAGACACUGUUCUUUUGGAAACAGAAUUAGGGGUAGAGAAUCUCAGACACAAAGGGGCUUCUGAGGAGACAGGGUCACAAGAGCAGAACAGGAGAGGGGAGGAAGAUGAACCUGAGGCUUUGGGGUGCUCUUCCGGCCUUUGUGACUCCAGUGAUUCCCAAACUAAUGGGAAAAAAUCUGAGGGGCAACUGGAGUCCCCUUCAGCCCUUAGCAUUUCAGGGCCUGGAGGUCCCUCUGUUCAGAAGGAGCCUGCUAGCCUCGAGCUAACAACACCUAUAGUGGCUGCAGAAGUUGGAUUUCAAGAGGAGGGUGAUAGCUUCCUACCUUUUUCCCCAACCCAUGAGGAGGGGGCUUUACAGAUAAUGGAACCACUGUCAAGUGUAGAGACAGCUGCCCCUCCUGCAGAGCCUUGCAUCUUGUUCUCGGAACAUGCCCAGGUGCAGACGGCUGCUUCCUGCCAGGAGGAUGAUGAUGCUCUGGGACUGGCACAGGAAGGCAAGGCAGGGGACACUGACCUGAGGGGAGCUGAGCCUCAUCCUGGCUCACACUGGUUGGACAAACUCCUGGCAUCUCCUCCACCCAGCGCUGAUGAUGUGAAGAGGAGAGGCUUGCCCAAGUUGGAGCACCCGAUAGGACCAGAGGAUCUCCUUGGAUGGUCACGGAAGGACCUCUGCAGUGAAUUUGGGAUAGUGGAAGCUAAUCGGUCUGCUGCCUUUGAUGUGGAUUGGGCUCCUGACAUCAGCAAGGUGGAUUGGCCUGGUGAAACAGAACAGGAUCGAGAGUUUGGCCCUGGCACACAAGACUGGUCAACCUCAUACAACAUUGGUGACACGCAAAGGCAGGAUGUAGAAUUUGGUGCCAGUCAGCAAGACUGGACCAAGGGGACACCAUUGUUGGGUGGUUCGAGCCCCAAACAAGAAGAAUGGCUCACUGCCUAUAGUAGCAGCUGUUCAGACCAACAGAUGAAGGAGUCAGAUUGGAGCAGCACAUAUAGCAUCAGCACCACUGAGCAUCAAGAAGGAGAGCCAUAUGUGAGGAAGCCAGGAUGGCCCCAACUUUGCACUGAUGUUGAUGAUGAGGGGAACAGUAAGCAUUCAACUGAGAAGACAGGAUGGAGCAAGCAGUAUAAUGUUGAUGCUCUUGAAAGGAUUAGCUGGCCCAAUAAAUGCAAUGUGGAAAUUUCCAGCUGCCCAGAGCCAGAAGUCAACACCAGUUCAUCAGCUGAGUCUAGCAAAUAUCCUACUGACAAUCUACAGGGCACAGAGCUCAACAUUGGACAUUCAGAGGGCUCUGAUGAUGCUAUUGAAGUCAUCUCUCACAAUGACCCGGUCAGUGGCAGUGAGUCAGUCUGGCCUAGUGAAUCCAUUGCUGGUUGCAGAGCUAAACAACUGCAAACAGAGUUGUAUGCCUCCCAGCUGAAACAACCUACUGAAUACAGUAGCAACACUCUGGAAUCUCAGGGUAGCAUCCAACAGCAACCACGACCUAAUACAUAUGGCCUUGAUGACAGCUGCUCUCAGGACCAUAUAUGGAGUGUCAAGCAGUCUGACUGGCCCAGCAAAUAUGACUUGGGAGUUGCCCAGACCUCUGAUGGCAGUUUCAGUGCUGAGAAAACAGAUGCAUCUAGUGAACAUGAUGAUGGCCAGGCAUGCUGGGAAAAAGAACUCAGUGAUAUAAAGAAAGGCAACACCACUACAUCUGAGACUGGUGAUCUGGAAUUUUGUACCCAGAGCCCAGUCUGGGCCGAUGAUUAUAGUCUGAGAAAAACUUGCCCACAAGGAAGUGAUUUCUCUGCUGGCACAAGAGACUGGGUUAAAGACACUGAUGCCUCAAGAAUUGAACAAAAAGAACUGUUUGGUGCCACACAAAAGGACCGAGAUGGUGUUUUUCGCCCAGUAGAUUUUCCAGGUCAAAGAUUAGUGGUAGAUUUGGGAGCAACAAUUGAUAGCCAGAUGGAUCUGAGUGAGACCCUUAGAACUGUGGGUGAGACAGAGUUCAGAGGAGUUGGAGAGGGGCAGCAUGAAUGUACUCCAAGCCUUGGCUUUAGACAUAUAGACUUGGAAACUGGGUGCCCAGAUACAUCUACAGAAUCUACAGAGAAGGAGCACCAGUGGUUCCCUUCCAUGGACUUAGAAGCCUCUUCUGCCUCGCCAGAGGCAGAGGAGACCAGAGAGCCUGGUGUGGGGCAGGCAGAUUUUUGCUAUCCAUUUGGUACUGAAACCAUGGAUUUAUUUAAUUUGAGGCCAAAGGCUUUAAAUAUGACUGAGGAGGUAGGCCCAGUACAGAUGGAUUGCUCUGAUGCAACACUGGUGGAGUGUGAGGACUACAGCUGUCAUUUGAAAGCUACUGGUUUGGGCAGUGAUGUGAUGCAGCACUCAGAAACAUCUGGAGGCUCUGUAGACAGAAAAUUCCAUAGCCAGCGGCUGUCCAGUCCUAGCCGCCUGCUGGAAGAGAUGGUUUCCAAGAGUGCUGUUGAAGAGGUGGUCCAGCAGAAGAGACCUAUCUCUUUCCCCAGUUGCCAAUCAGAAGGGGAGAAGGGAUUGAGCAGCUUUCCUGAUCUGCAGGUGCCUUCAGAUGAGAAGGCUAGAGGAUCACCUUCCCCAAUGGUGGACAAAGAAAAGGUUUUGUCUGAUGUGGAUGGUGGCAGCCGCCGCUUGGACAGUGGAAAUGAGAGUGAGUCAUACUUGGAAACAAAAGCAUUGUGUCAUCUAGAGAAAAAUGGAAGCCAGGGCAUGCAGACUGUGUCCCAGGAGGAUCAGGCUUCAGACGGGGGUGAAACAUUGGCAACAGAAAACUUCAUUUUCUUGGAGGAUACAGAGGUUCUCGACAACACUGUGUACCGUGACCGUGCUAAUUUGGGUCGUAAGCGGGGUCAUCGGGCACCAGCUACCCGGUCUGGAGGUGCUAUUUCAGAGAGUGACAGGAAUAGCUGGAUGUUCAGAGAUUCCACAGAGCCUAGAAGAGCUUCUGCAGCUUCUGAUGAAGAAGUCCAGGAGGAGCCAAAGAGCAGGAAGUCACGGAGUUCUCCUUUGUCCAAGGGAGUUAAAGGACCGCUCUUCCCAGGCCUCAGCCCCUCUGCAUUGAAGGCCAAGUUGCGAGGGCGAAAUCGCUCUGCUGAGGAAGGAGAUCCACAAAGUGAGGCCAAGGAUGCCCAAGUACAGCGCUCUAAAUCCUGCAAGAUUGGUGGGAAGCCUCUGGUACUUCCACCGAAGCCAGAGAAAACUGCAGGAUCAGAAACAUCCUCACCCAAUUGGCUGCAAGUGCUGAAACUGAAAAAGAAGAAGCCUUGAAAUAAAACAAAGAUGCAGGCAAGUGUCUCCUCUUGGACAUCUGGCUUGAGUCUCACUUGUCAAACAGCAUCUGAUCCCUGAUAUUCAUGCUUGAGAGCUGACCAUUGCUUGCCAAGUGCAGUAUAUAACAGCAAAUUGGCCACUUUGAUUCUGCAGCUGCAAGAAAGGUUUGUGGGAUUUGGCCCAGAUGUAACUCAAUAUUCUCACUAAAGGAGAAAAGAAGUGCCUGUCACUCUUACUGGACCAAGCAGUUCAACCUCUAUUGAAAUUCUGCGCACAGUUGAUGGGAUUGGAAAGAAUUGUAAGAAAGUUUGUUCCUUUCAUUGCCAAUACUCAACCCAAUUUUCCCACCAUGUGCCUCAAUUCAGCUUUUGACUUCUUGUAUUUGCAUUGCAUGUUUGAAAUCAUGCUUGUGCAAAACCUGUGAUUUGGAGUAAAUGUGUGAUAUAUUGAGAGAGUUCCUGUGCUGCAAUUGGCUGAUCUAAGCUUUUUGGAAAUUGGAAUUAUCAUUCCAGUCACAAUAUUUCAACUAUUUAGUCAGUGUCUCGGCGUUCGUCAAGCUGUUGCUAAAAUAUAGCUACUGGAUGUGGGCUUAUGGAAUCAGUGUUCCCUCCUCUGCUUCCUACUACAGGUGUAGUUCUAUCAAUAUAACCCCAGAAUUGUCAGAGGAGGGAAUUAUCAUGUUCAGGAAAAAACUGUUGUUCAGGACAAACAACUUGUGACCCUGCAGGUGCUUUUGUACUGCAGCUUUCAUGAUCCAUUACUAUGGGCUAUGCUUGCAAGGACUGUUGUGAGUAGAGAAAUAUGUGUAGAACCACAAGUUACCCCUGCUGCAGUUAGUAGAACAGUGUGAAUAUAUGGAAGUUGCUCUGGCAAACUCUUCUAUAUCAGUAUGGCAAAACUUAGAGUAAGUUGGUCCUCUGAUAUCUUACAUACAGUAGGUGAUUGAUCCUCCAUGUUCCUGAUGACCAUGUUUUUGCCUGGCUAUUUGAAACCCUACAGUCAGCAACAAUAAAGGACACCUUCGGCUUAUGCCAUCAGCCAGAGGUCAAGUCACACAAUAUAACAUGCCAGGCCUGUACAUCUAGCUGUGAUUUUUACAUUUUUUUAAAAAAAUAUUUUUUUUCUCUUUGUAGUAUUUUAGUAGUUCAAUAAAGGUAUUACCCACGCAAUUAUAAACACAAGGUAAUUUUUAUGCCUGGCUUUUUAUGUAAAGGAACUGUUCCAGUUAGAUUAUAGACCCACUGAAAUAAAUGGGACUUGUUAGUUGCCUCUUGCACAGUCCUGUUCAUUUCAGUGAAUCUACUCCAAUUAGAACUACCAUUAGAAUUUGCCUUGUACCCUUAUCAGUAAGAUACAAAGUUGAAUAGGGGAUACUCAGAACAGGAGUCAUUGUCAGUGAGCACUUUACACAGAUACCUUUCUUGCCACUGGAAAAUACAUGGUAUGAAAUGACCCUGGGUGUGUAGCAGCUUGCUUCUUCAUGAAAUCCCCCCCUGGGGGGGUAGUGCUAUACAUGAUUUGCCAUUUCUUUUGAGAUAAGUGUGUUGUGAAUGGAGUACAUUUCACUCAUCUGUAAUUAAGAUUUUAGGCUGGCUAUGAAGUCUAUCUAAUUAAAGAAUUAAUUAGGAGAAAUGAAAGGAGAUUGGUUCCUUGGGAAUCCUAAAAUGUGAGUUGAGCAAAGAUUUGACAGAAUCCACCACUAUGCUGUUUGGACAAGUCAUUCAUGUGCUUCUGAUUUGAAGCCAGGCAACAAUGUUUAACUGUGUAGGUGGGAUCCCUGCAUUACAGCAAACAACCCUUACCACGUAUUCUCUUGCAACCUUUGUAAUUCCCUGUCAUAUUCUUUUUG